UCAACGUUUCAAUGUUGGAGUUUCUGUAUAUGAAAAGGGCACAGACUGGGGAUCAUCAGACGAAGGCACGCGCGCCCACUGUUCCCAAGCCUCACCAUGUUCAAAACAAGCAUCAUCCUAUUGCAUUCGGCAUCGAUGAGUCCAUUCCUUUUUGCACGAAAUAUCGGCGCUAGAAAGACCAACGUCGCCAUGCUUACAAUCCCGAAUGAGCUGCCCAAGUAUCAUGAUGAGACUACCGGCAAUUUCGAACUCGACGCGUUCAAAAUCACCCACAUUGCUUCCAGUCCAAAAAUGGUCGCAACUUCACUGCUAGGCCCACCGUUGGCAACCUUACGGGCGAAACCCCAGUCAAAAGUCCAUGGGUUUGAGUCGAUGGCAGUGUAUAUCAGUUGAUAAAUCGAUGGAAACCCGUAAUUAGCUAAAAAUGGGGUAUCCUAUAGUUUUGCGAUCGCUACCUAUGGAUAUCCUUCGAUGCUCAUAGACUAUUGUCGGUGUGCAUCGUUGUACAUCGAUAGGAAUCAAUAGACACGUAUUUACUUGCUCGCUAUCUAUAUACAUUAGCUACAGCGGCUAGCUACAGGUGCAGACGUCCACCACCUAUCGAACUCCCGUUCCACCAC